AUGAAUCUCAAUUCGACUUCUCCGGAAUUCCGACAAAAACUCUAUGGUUAUUUGACCAAAUUAUUUACGAGGAUUCGAGGGAACUUGUAUGCACUAUGGAGAGAUUAUAAUUCUUUAUUGGCAUAUAUUAAGAACAAUAAUAAUGAACAAAAGAUUGAAAAAGCAGAUAAUGAAGCCAAAUUAUUAAACGAAAAGAUAAACAACACGCGUUCAUUUUUGGAUUGGCUGGUUGAAUAUCUUGCAGCCUCGUUGUAUCCGGGGGCAUCAUUUCAACGCAUUUCUUGCGCGUUAAAAGUAUUUUUUAUAUUAGUCAAAACCUUUGGGAUUGAAAAUAUUCCGUUCCCAGAGGGGUUUGUAGGGAAGCAUGAGAACAAUAAAAUAUUUCCUUUCGAUCUCUCACUGGCUACUCAGAGGAAUGUGGAAUUGAUUUUAUAUUGCUUAAUGAAUCCUUUUGAUGAAAAUCGAAUGCUUGCAUAUGAAAUAUUGGAGAUGUUUCCUUCUCCACUACCAGGAAUUGAAUCACCAGAAAAA